AUGGUACUUUUCGAACGUCUGACCCCCAAAUUAGUGUAUUUUCAUGAUGGUUGCUCGUCAAGUAAAGAGCAAUUUCGUCAACGCCAUCCCAACGCUCCUUUGGCAUCAUUAAGAGUUCUUAAUCGACGUGUAUUGGAAAUCGAUGAAUCAGAUCGAUUUCCACGUAUAUUAAUUGUCCGCAAAUUCGAUAUAUUUUGUUUCGUAAUCUCAGCCCUUUCCUACGUUCUCGAUAUUGGCUUCGAUGUAAUAAGCGCCUAUAUACAUUUUCGUGCUCAACGAUUUUGGGCUUUCACAUUUAUAUCUUUACUGAUCGUUUUACCGUCGAUCGCUUUAAAUACGAUCUCAUUCGUUUGGUGGAUUGAUGAUAGUCGACUCGCAUCGAGUAGUUAUCGAGAAAGAAACGACACUCAGACGACAACGACAGCACCAAUCUGUUGCUCGUCGGUUGAAUCCUCGUCCUUAUCGCUUCGUUUGUUCGCGUGUUUUUUUCAGGUCUCUUCCAAACAUCGACCUGUACUUUGGUAUGUUGAUGCGAUAAAGGCAGCUGUCAGGUUUCGUAGAGCUUCAAAUGAUCGACAAAGACGUUAUUUCUAUCACAAAAUGGCUGAAGCAGAUCGUGAUGCAUCCCUGCUGAGGUUUUUUGAGGCAUUUCUAGAGUCUGCUCCUCAACUUUUAAUACAAGGUGUUGUUCUGGCACAUUCUCUUUGGUGGUUACAGUCAUCCGAACCGAUUCAACUAUGGAUUAUUAUGGCGUUGCUUAACGAUCUCCGCACGUUACCUGCUAUUGGUACUAUUCGUUUUAGCAUUCCGUUUUUGGACCGCACUACUUAUCCUAGUUCAUUUUUGUUUAUCACUGCUGCAUAUUGCCGCACUUCAGGUGAGUUCUACAGGUCAAUUUCAUUAAUUUUGGUUCCCUUCAAACGCUUCAUACUUAAGCAUGUUGAUUCACAACCAAGUGUCGUACCGAUUAAGUAUGGUUUGUUGUUAAUUUGUGCGAUCGUACAUCUAUUCACGCCGUUCAAUAUGGCCGAAGGACCGACACGUUGGCGUUAUACAAUCGCAUAUCUCAUUGAGUUCGUCGAAAAUUUGAUGAUGGCAACGAUGUUAUUCAGCACCGAGCAGUUCACAUAUCCUUAUAAACGAACUGUCGUUUUGUUGGCUUUGGGAAUGUUCCUCUGUGGAAUUCUCAUCAUGAUUGUUUAUUAUUCCCGGUGGCAUCCGGCAGGAAGGAGUGCCGUUAUCAGUGCUGCUGAUAAAAGCAAGAGUAAUAGUGAUGGUAAAAACACCGUUGGUAAUCCGCGUGCUGAUUUUAAUGUGAAUGUUGACGACAUGCAAGCUGUUUUUUCUAGUUCUUCGACCACCGAUGCAGUCGUCGAGAAAACGGAAAUUUGCGCAGCUCUGAAAUGUUCGAACUCAGAAAAAUAG